GAAAAGCAGAAGGAGGGGAGAGAGAGCGGGAGGCUUGUGUGGAGGGGAGUGUAUUUAAGCGAGUCUCAACUCUGAAUGUCAGGCAGUGAGUGGUGUGACUGGGAUAGGGAAGACAGUGAGGACCUGUCUGGACAGUACAGGUAGAUGUCGGUGGAGGCUGGUGGAGAGAGAAAUGCAGAUGGAUUUCCAGCAGGAUUUCAGACCGAAACAGAAUAUCCUCAAUGGUGUUUUAACUGGAGAUAUCAGAUGCCAAAAUGGGAGCUAUACCACUAUUUGUUGGGUAUUACCACAUUUUUGAAGAAGCAGUGAGGGAUGGACGAGGUGCGGCCUAACAACGGACCAGCAGUAGCCCCUGGGCUGGCGUCAAUCUUCCCCCCGGGUCUGCAGGCAAUCUACGGGGAAUGCAGGCGCCUCUACCCCGACCAGGCCAACCCCUUACAAGUUACAGCCAUUGUCAAAUACUGGUUAGGGGGUCCUGAUCCAUUGGACUACAUCAGUAUGUACCGUAACGUGGGCUGUGCAGCGCAGGAUGUACAGGAGCACUGGCACUACAUCAGCUUCGGACUCAGUGACCUGUAUGGAGACAACAGAGUACAUGAGUUUACAGGUCAGGAAGGCCCCAGUGGCUUUGGAUUUGAGCUGACGUUCAGGCUGAAGAGAGAGGUGGGAGAGACUGCACCCCCUACCUGGCCGGCUGAACUCAUGCAGGGCCUGGCCCGCUACGUCUUCCAAUCAGAAAACACAUUUUGCAGUGGAGACCACAUAUCGUGGCACAGUCCCCUGGACAACAGUGAGUCUCGUAUCCAACACAUGCUGCUCACUGAGGACCCCCAGAUAUCGCCGGUCCACACACCCUUCGGCCUGGUCAACUUCCUGCAGAUUGUGGGUGUGUGUACAGAAGAGUUGCAGGCGGCCCAACAGUGGAACGGCCAGGGAAUACUGGAGCUUCUCCGAGGGGUCCAUGUUGCCGGAGGACCCUGGUUGAUAACUGACAUGAGGAGAGGAGAGACCAUGUUUGACAUCGACCCGCAUUUACAACAGGAGCGUGUGGACCAGGGUAUAGAGACAGAGGGAUCCAACUUGAGUGGCGUGAGCGCAAAGUGUGUGUGGGACGACCUCAGCCGGCCUUCCGAGGAUGAAGAGGACAGCCGCUCCAUCUGUAUAGGAUCUCAGCCACGAAGACUGUCGGAGAAAGAUACAGAGCAGAUCAGAGAAGCCCUGAGGAAAGGACUGGAGUUCAACACUAAAGCAGCACUACCCCCUAUCAACUCACAGAAACAAGGACACGACAGGCCUCAAAGUCGUAAGGACAGUCUGGAGAGUGAGAGUUCAGCGGCCAUCAUUCCUCACGAGCUAGUUCGUACCAGACAACUGGAAAGUGUUCAUCUGAAAUUCAACCAGGAGUCAGGAACACUGCUGCCCCUCUGUCUCAGGGGUCGUUUGCUCCAUGGUAGACACUUCACCUAUAAGAGUAUUAAUGGAGACACAGCCAUCACCUUCGUAUCCACUGGAGUAGAGGGGGCCUUUGCUACUGAGGAACACCCGUACGCCGCACAUGGACCCUGGCUACAGAUAUUGCUGACUGAAGAGUUUGUUGAACAGAUGCUUGGAGACCUAUCGGAGCUCAACACUCGAGAGGAGACCAAGUUACCGAAGGAAUAUAGCUGGCCAGAGAAGAAACUGAAGAUCUCGGUCCUGCCUGACUCUGUGUUUGACAACCCUCUGCAGUGAGACUGGGAUCCACUCCUCUUUUCAGAAUACUCUGGACCUCCUUACAGUCAGUUCCCAUGGAUGGACCUGCUCACCCAGCCUUUAAAUGGGUCAUGUUCAUUAGGACAAAUUGUAGCAAAGUGUUUUGCAACAGAAUAUGAAAACACAUUUUUAUUUUUUAUUUUUUUUAUUGGACAAGUUCAGAUUGUAACACACACACAUGUUUCGGACAUUUAUCUCUCAUUUUGUGCCUACUGAACACAACCAUGCUCUUUUCCAGGGGCUCUGGUCUGCCUUGUAUACCCAGGGUGAGAGAAUCUGACCCAGCUACUGCAGGAUGUCUAUCACAUCUUCCUUUGACUGUAGACUGUUACUGCCUUCUCUGACCUACCCACCUUUUUUCUACUGGGUUUUUCAAACCUUUAGAAACAUCUGGAAAUGUUCUGGAAACUGUUUCUCCAAAUAGCUGCCUUGUUAGAUGAGACGUGAUUGCCAUGCCUUGUGAAUGGGUCAAAUGUAUAGUUAUAAUGAGACAUCCACUAGACUCGAUAAGUUUGUAACACAAGCAAAGAUGCAGGGUCAGUUGAUUUAGUUCAAACAUAUGUUUUUUUUUUUUUGUGGAAUCUUGUUUAUUUCAAUGUUUUCAUGAAUGUCGCUAAUUAUAACUGGUGAGGUAAAAAUAAGGAAAAACUAUACCAAAUCUAUUCUUUUUUUAAUUAUUGAUCAUCUCUCUUUGCCAUUAUCAUUCACCUGAUGAGAUCUUAUUUUUAUUUUGUCUGGGCAAGAAAAGUUUGACCCCUGGCAAAGGGUGCCAUUUUGGAUGCCGACUCUGUGAAAAUCAAUCAAACCACAUAAUUCUCUCAUUCUAUUGUGUGUGUCUGUCAAAUAUUUGUUCAAAUCUUAGUUCUCCCUCUUUGCCUAGAGAGCCCAAUUAUUUUAUAGAGUAAGAUUUUUUGUGUGUAUUUUCCCUUCAUUUGAUUUUGGAUCAAGAUUACCCUAUUAUGUAACUUGCUCAUGAAAUGUAUCUCUAAAGCUCUGCAAUGACUCAACUACUAUCAGUGGAAAGAUUGUGUUUGUAAGAGUUUUUAUAAGGGCUGAGAGAGAGUGAAACGUGGGAGAGCGUUUCAGAGAACGUUCCAUGUGGCCACACAAAGUUUAGUAUAACUUUCUCACUGAUUAACAGUGUUGAUUAUUGUGUUUCUUGUCCUUAAUUGAAUCAGAGUUGUUGAUAGAACUCACACUAAUUCCCCCAUCUCUGUGUUUGUUUUUAGGAGGUCAAUAGAACUUGUCAAACCCUUGGUCGACUCCACGGUUCUGAUCAAUACUUUCUUGGGAACUCAUUCUUUAGUUUUGAUACCAAAGCCAAAACUUAUGAUACUUUGUCCUUUAUCACUGUCACAAUGCGUGUCCUCAACUGUUACAUUAAUGUAUUGUGUUCUCAUAGAUUGACGCUCGCUGCCGUUUGUCUACCAAGGCCUUAGUGUUUAGACUCCAUGUAUUGUCUAGACUAUCCACUGCCUACUGCUCCUGUAUUUUAAUGUACAUCGGUUUCAAUCAAGGACCUCGGUCUUCAUAGACUUACAGCAUCCCAGAUAUCUCUAAUGCCGUGACUGCAUUCCAUAGCUAGAUAGUCAAGAACAGGAGCUAAGUAACUCUUUCUUCUCUUUCUACAGUGGCCUCCUGUUCACAAUAUGUAUUUUACUAUGUCUUUCUGUUUUUAUUCCCGAGUGAAAAUGUAAAAGAGCUUUUAUUAGGGCAUUUUUGAAAGGUGAGUUUUGUAAUACUGUUAUUUUAUAAUGAGUGAAUGAAUUACUUAACAGCCUGUUUCUAUGUAAUCACAAGUGCAUUAAACAUAAAUGUACAUUAAAGUCAGUGGUUUUUGGUCUAAUGGUCUAUUGACAUACUGAAGUGUAAAUAAAUGAAAGACAUGCUUCGGUGA